AACAGACGUACACGUCACUGUACAGCUGUCUGAGUGCGCAUGCGCAGUCCGCUCCAUUCGAGGAAGUGGCUCGCAGAGACAACCGCAGCACCAGGGAGGAGAGAGUUGUUUGUUCCCCGCUCACAGAGGAGAGACCCGCCGCCUUCUUCAAAAUGUCAGAACUUGACAGCAACCCGUUCGCAGCGCCCGCCAGUGACAACCCCUUCCACGAUCCUUCUGUCACACAAGUGACCAACUCCAGCGUAGAAACAGUUGACCAGUACAACCCUUUCCCUGGCCAUCCCACAGAUGGCCUAACGACUCCCUCAGCUCCAGCCUCCACUGCUCCCUACCAGCCUGCUGUGUUACAGCCAUCUACAGAGCCCAGUCCACAGGCAACUGCUGCAGCAGCUCAGGCCAACUUGCUGAGGCAGCAGGAGGAAUUGGAGAGAAAAGCUGCUGAGCUGGACCGCAGAGAGCAGGAGAUGCAGAGCAGAGGCCCGACAGGUAAAGAGAACAACUGGCCUCCACUUCCCAGAAGCUUCCCCAUCAAACCGUGUUUCUAUCAAGACUUCUCAGAGGAAAUCCCUCCCGAGUAUCAGAGAGUGUGCAAGAUGAUAUAUUAUCUCUGGAUGUUCAACUGUGUCACCCUGUUCCUCAAUCUACUGGCUUGUUUGGCUUUCUUCACCACGAAUACAUCCUACGGUGUGGAUUUUGGCCUCUCUAUUCUCUGGCUCAUCCUCUUCACCCCCUGCUCCUUCCUCUGCUGGUACCGGCCCGUCUACAAGGCCUUCAAGACUGACAGCUCCUUCAGCUUCUUCUUCUUCUUCUUUGUGUUUUUCUGCCAAGUGGUGAUCUUCAUCAUCCAGUCUGUAGGUAUCCCCAAUUGGGGGAACAGUGGUUGGAUCACCGCCUUCACGGCCAUCAGUGUAAACACGGCAGUGGGAGCCAUCAUGAUCGCAGUGGCCAUCCUCUUCACGAUGUGCGCUGUGCUGUCUGUCAUCCUGCUCAAGAUGGUGAGCGUUUAUUCACUUUCCUUCAUAGUUUCAGUCUCUGAGGGGACUUUGUUUGAACAGGAUGAAUUAAGUUUGAAAGGUCUGUAA